UAGGAAACGACAGCACGUGUUUUGACGGUGAUAUUCUAAAUACUUGAAUACAAAACAUAUUCCAUUUUACAUUAUAAAAUAAUUGGAUAAAAUUAUAUUUAAAAUAAGCAAAUGUAAAAAAUAAUAAAAAACAGGGAAUAUAAUUAAAUUCUCCUUUUGUUUUGAUUCUCUUGACAUUGUAGAAGUGUCGCCGUCGAAGAGAUCCCAUUCUCGACCUCCAUCACAAGUUCAAUCAAAGAACCAGUUCUACAACCCGUUUUCAAAAAUUCCUCAGUUCAGUGCAGUUUAUAUUUGAUUACAAAAAUACAAAUGCCAUUACACGACAGAGCGACGGUUAACUUGAGUGGGUGAUAAGAUAAAACGCAAUCUCCAAAGCGUUCGGAGGUUCAUAAAGUCGUUGUUUCGGAUCAUGUGUGAUGCAGUGCCGCGGAAACUAUCAGACAUGGGUGACAUUACAGUGCCAGAGUUAGAGAAAAUUAAUAAAAACGCGGAAAAUGAAAAGGAACAAAGUGACGUUAAGAAUGAAUGCGUCAACAAUAAUCAGCGAUCGCCGUUUAGAAGACAGGCAAUCAUUUCGUUUGGCGUGUUCAUGCUCACCCUAGGCGCUGGCGGCACAUCAGGCAUCUCUGCUAUCUUAAUACCACAGUUAGCACAUGCCAAGGGAAAGAAAAACUUCUCAGUCGAAUUGGUAUCAUGGGUAGCCGCGAUAUCAUCCUUGGCACUCUUCUUCGGUAACCUGAUGGCAGGUCUUUUAAUGGACAGGCUUGGAAGACGACUAUCUACACUACUAUUAGCAGCUACCUUUGUAUCGGGAUGGCUGAUCAUUGGAUUUUCCUACGACAAAAUGUACUUAAUAUUAAUAGGAAGAUUCAUCACUGGAUUCUGUCAAGGAUGGCUUGGCCCUCUAGGUCCAGUGUACGUGGGAGAAAUUAGUUCUCCAGCUUACAGGGGACUGUUCUUAGCAGCUCUCUCUUUGGGAAUCGCAGUGGGUGUCUUCAUGUCACAUUUAUUCGGUACAUUCCUUCACUGGAGUUUAGCUUCGUUGCUUUGUGGAUUCUUCCCUCUGGUUGGUGGAAUCAUCCUUUAUUACGCGCCAGAAUCACCUUCAUGGUUGGCAUCUAAAAACCGAAUCGAUGAAUGUAUAAUGUCGUACCAAUGGUACAGAGGAAACAGUGUGGCCAUGAAGACGGAGCUGGACAAGAUGAUAGCAGAUCUCACAUCGAAAUCAAAAACUCAAGGCAAAUUGAAAACUUUAGCUGCAAACAUUAAGAAGCCAGAAUUUUAUAAGCCAUUGGGAAUAAUGACUACAUUUUUCGUCAUUACGCAACUAUGUGGAGUUAACGUUAUAUGUGCGUAUACAACAGAUAUGAUGAAAGAACUUAUCGGCAGGGGUUCAAAUAGCUCGUACGCAUACGCCGCCAUGUUGAGUAUAGAUAUGUUACGAUGUGUGUCCCUAGCAGUGGCCUGCAUGAUGCUAAGGAGGUCGGGAAGAAGACCCAUGGCAAUUUUCAGCGGAGUGUUCACGUCAUUAUCUUUAAUAUUAUUAGCUUUGUAUUUAUACCUGCAUAACUCUGGAGUUAUCCGUGACAAGUCACCGUUUAUAUCUUUAGGUUUAAUGGCUUUCUAUAUUAUUGUAUCAAAUCUAGGAAUUUCACCGCUUCCAUGGAACAUGGUCGGUGAACUGUUUGCCGUUGAAACUAAAGGAGUAGGUUCAGGCAUCAGUGUUAUGAUGACAUCAAUUGCUUUCUUUGCAGUAGUAAAGACAGCUCCCUCUAUGUUCUUGAGCAUAGGCCACCAUGGAACUUAUCUAUUCUAUGGAAUAUCAACACUGUGUGGUACCAUAUUCUUAUAUUUAUAUUUACCUGAAACAAAAGAUAAAACGUUACUUCAAAUUGAAGAAUACUUUAGGUAUGGUAAGAAAAAUAAUAGUAAAGAAGUAGAUAUCUAAGAAGUAGCGGUUACGACAUUAGCUGACUGUUUGUGUCAGUUAUAUUUACGAAACUGAUCUCCUGGAUGACGUACAGACGUGAUAGUGUAAACCUAAGGUUGUAGAUGUCUGUUUGUAUAAGCGAUCAAAGGAGUCGUAUUUAUUUAAAUGAAGUAUUUUGUCAAAAAUUGUACAAUGUUCAUUGUGGCUUGUAACAAAGAAGUACCAGUGUGGGUAUGAGUACUUGUAUGAUUCAGUUAACCUAGUUUGAUAUGCUUGUAACGUUUGAUUGAUUCUCAUUGGUCACAGUUUAGUUAUAAUGAACAUAGAUACGAUGAUCCAGUACAUAAAUUAGAUAUGUAUGUUGAAGGAUUUCAACAAUAAUUAUAAUUUAUUUAAUAAAUAAUAUGUUUCCUUGAAAUUCAUUACGAGUGUAUUAGAUGUGGAAAUCAUUUUGUGAUCUAGGUAAUUAUAAGAUUGUAUUUAUCUAUAAGAGUUAAAGUAAUAGAAAUCCGAUAUUAAAGAUUAAUUUUAUUAGAA